AUGAAAGGCCUCAAGGGCAAGACUUACGAGGAACGGCUGAGGUCGUUUGGUUUGUUCAGCUUGGAGAAGAAAAGGCUGAGGGGUGACCUCAUCACCGUCUACAGCUUCCUCACGGGGGGCAGCAGAGGGGGAGGUGCUGAUCUCCUCUGUCUCGUGACCAGCGAUAGGACACGAGGAGGUGGAAUGAAGCUGUGUCAGGGCAAGUUCAGACUGGACAUUAAGAAAAGGUUCUUCACUGAGAGGUUGGUCGUUCACUGGAACAGGCUCCUCAGUGCAGUGGUCACGGCACCAAGCCUGUCAGAGUUCAAGGAGUGUCUGGGCAAUUAUGACGACUUCAACUUACAAGAUGCAUUUGAACCUACAAAGAAGCCUCUUCCAUCAAAGAUGCCACCACCACCAGAUUUCGAUGAUUUUGACUUGGAACAUGCUCUUCACCCUGAUGACCCCAAGCCUGGUCCGCCUGCAAAGCCUAGAGACACUGAUAACCCCAAGCAAGGUCCACCUGCAGAUCGUAAAGACACUGGCAACUUUGAUGAUUCAGAUCUAACUGGUGGCAGUUUACCAAAAGGAGGAGGCGAUGCUGGUGGCAGCAACGAACGAAAGGGCCCAAGUCCAAAUAGUGGUGAAGAAGCUGAAGCUUCUCAGGGAGCAAUAGCUGGAAUUGUAAGUGCUGUGGUUGCUACUGUAAUUGGAGCAGUAUCUAGUUUCAUUGCUUACCAGAAGAAGAAACUCUGUUUCAAACAAAGCGCAGAUGAAGAGAAUGUGAAUAUGGAAAGUCAUCGGGGAGCGCAAUCUGAGCCACCUGGUAAGAGAAGAAUCUAG